AAAGUCUACUUUGAAAUUCAAAAGUUCUUCUGAGAGUAUUAUAUUUCUGAAACAAUUAUCUACGACACGCACACGCGCCAGUCUACCGUCAUAACAAGAUGGCAGCCUCCUUGAGCCGGUUGCACCACAUUUCACUUCACGUUACAAACGUGGAUAAAAUAGCGUAUGAACUUGUUUCUAAAUUUAAGUUUAAUUUAUUUGUUGCGAGGUUGACGGAGAAGUCUAAACAGUUGGCUUUCAGGAAAGGAGCGGCAGUUUUCGUCGUCAAUGAAAGACCAUUGAAUGGAGUAACACUGUCGAGCAAGAGCAACAUUCAAACCGGGAUAAAGAACGACAAGGAUCCGAAAUGUCUCUACGAUGUCAACCCACACUAUUCCGUCGACACCGCGUCUAACGUCUGUUUCGAAGUAGAAAACGUGGAAAGGUCAUUCAAGUCCCUUCGCAACAUUGGCUGCGAUUUCUUGGUGCCUCCGACAGAGGUGUGUGACGAGAAAGGGAUUGUCACCUAUUCAGUCGUCAAAUCAAUCGUGGGAAAUGUGAACCACACGCUCAUUGACACGAGUAAAUACAAGGGGAGUUUCUUACCCGGGUUUCAGGAGGUUGAAAACGUGACGGAAAACGGCACACCGGUGUCUGAGAGUACAGAGUCUUCUUGUCCAGUCACUCAUUUUGAUCACAUCACCUAUGCUUGUCCGAGACGGUGCACACCGCAAGUGAUGAGCUGGUAUGAGAGGCACUUUGGCUUCCACAGGUUCUUCAUUGACAGUAAUGAGGAUGUGGAUGAGGGCUAUGUUCUGAACACGGAGGGCAUUGGACUGCGUCUCACAGCCAUGGAGUACUGGAAAUGCAGCCAAACCGGAAUAAAGCUUCCCUUCACAGAUGACAAACAACCCGACUGCAAGUUUGUCAUUGCGGAGUCGCUGCCUGACCAAGGCAGUAACCAGGUGGACACCUUUCUGGAGCAGCACGGAGGCCCAGGGAUCCAGCACAUUGGAUUGUACACACAGGACAUCGUGUCCACAGCACAGACCAUGGGCCGGGCAGGAGUCCACUUCUUCUCUCCUCCUCCUGCCUACUACACCGAGGUGGGUAAGCAGCAGGAGAUGGAGGACGCAGGUUACGACCCCCAGAUGCUGUCUCAGCACAGCAUCCUCCUGGACACAGACCUGCGCCAGGUCCAGACUGACCCCUCCUGUCAGACUACGGACAUGCAGAAGAAAAGAUACCUGCUCCAGGCGUUCACCCAGCCCAUCUUCUCAGAGGACACCUUCUUCCUGGAGCUAAUCGAGAGGAGAGGUGCGUCAGGGUUCGGAGAGGGGAACAUCAAAGCUCUGUGGAGGUCUGUCCAGGCAUACAUGGACACAGAGAGGGCAGAGACUGAGGCACAAGGAGAGAACACGACUCCCAGAACAUAACCCCAGAACCCGAAGCACUGCCACAGCGCCUAACAUUUUACAGCGAACACUGCAGCGAACUCCUUCCUCCGCUACUCUUUCGUCUGUGUGAGGCUGAAAUACACUGAGUUUCCCGGGGAAGCUGUGGCUCGCCGGGGAAGCUGUGGCUCACCGGGGAAGCUGUGGCUCGCCGGGGAAGCUGUGGCUCGCCGGGGAAGCUGUGGCUCGCCGGGGAAGCUGUGGCUCGCCGGGGAAGCUGUGGCUCACCGGGGAAGCUGUGGCUCACCGGGGAAGCUGUGGCUCGCCGGGGAAGCUGUGGCUCGCCGGGGAAGCAUUGAAUGAUUGUGUUCAUGAGUCUCUUAUUAAAUGUGUAUGUUUUAAUGAUUUUUCAUUAAACCCUGUAUGACUAAUAUUUUUAUGGCCUUUAUAAAUGAAUUCAUGUGGGCAGAAUAUUAUACCUCAAGGCAACA